AGUAGGCAGCGGGGCGUGUUCUGAGGCGCGUCGCGCGCGGUGCACUGUGGGCUGCUGGAGGAGCGCAGGGUCAGAGUGACGCGAUCAUGGCGGCGGUGUGUUUCUCCUUGAGCCGCUGCUGCGCCGUGGGUCCCCGAGCCUCGAUCACGGCGGUGCGGUUCGCUCAGACGGCGGCCGCCGUGGCGGCGGUUCAGCCCAGGAUCAAGAAGUUCCAGAUCUACCGCUGGGAUCCGGAUCGCGCCGGAGACAAACCUCGCAUGCAGACGUACGAGAUCGACCUGAACACCUGCGGCCCGAUGGUUCUGGACGCACUCAUCAAGAUCAAGAACGAGAUGGACGGCACGCUGACCUUCAGACGCUCCUGCAGAGAGGGAAUCUGCGGCUCGUGUGCCAUGAAUAUCAACGGAGGAAACACUCUGGCGUGCCUGAACAAGAUCGACACUAACACCAGCAAGGUGACCAAGAUCUACCCGCUGCCGCACAUGUAUGUGGUCAAAGACCUGGUGCCCGACAUGAGUAACUUCUACGCUCAGUACAAGUCCAUCGAGCCCUUCCUGAAGAAGAAGGACGAGUCCAGACAGGGACAGGAGCAGUACCUGCAGAGCGUGGAGGACCGGCAGAAGCUGGACGGUCUGUACGAGUGUAUCCUGUGCGCCUGCUGCAGCACCAGCUGUCCCAGCUACUGGUGGAACGGAGACAAGUAUCUGGGUCCAGCCGUCCUCAUGCAGGCGUACCGCUGGAUGAUCGACUCUCGGGACGAUUACACCGAGGAGAGGCUCUCGCAGCUGCAGGACCCCUUCUCUCUGUACCGCUGUCACACCAUCAUGAACUGCACCAGGACCUGUCCCAAGGGUCUGAAUCCAGGCAAAGCCAUCGCUGAGAUCAAGAAGAUGAUGGCCUCCUACAAACAGAAGAAGCUGGCGUCAGCGUGAACACCAGGCGUCAUCAUCAUCACAUGAAGACCGAGAGCGUAUUAUCACUCCAUGGACACAGACACACGGACGUUUGAAGGGUUCUCUGCUCUGUUAGAUCCUCCGAUCUGCUGUAUAUUAGAUUAAUGCAUGUCUUCAUUUCUACAAGUGUUUUCCUCAAGUCUCAUUAAGAGUCUUCCUCAUCUUACUAUGAUAAUAAAGUGAUUAUAAACUCA